AGGAGAAGUGCAAAUACUGACAGAGAGAUCAACAGUAAGAGGACGAUUGAGGCCUAGGGCACAAAGCUGAAUAACCUCUCCAGAAAGCAUAGUUGUUUGAAAAAUGUGUAGUUGCUGGAUACAGGCUUUUAUUGCACCUUUUGGAAAUGGAAGAUCCAGUCACUGAAAGACAUUAGCAAAGUUCAUCUUGCCCGUAAUCCAUGUGAAGAUUUGCUGGCAACAUAUUAUAGAAGUUAUUAACAGUUUUUCACCGUCUCUAACAAAUCGUAUUGUGGUGUUAAAGAAGAGUCUGUCCAAAUGAGCAAAACAUCACAGCAGAACACCACUACAGAAGCAAAUGGUAUAAGUGUGAUUCACACACAAGCACACACAAGUGGUUUGCAACAGGUUCCUCAGCUGGUACCAGUUAGUCCUGGUGGUGGAGGCAAAGCUGUGGCUCCAAGCAAACAGGGCAAAAAGAAUUCCUCCGUGGAUAGAAACAGUGAUGAAUAUCGCCAACGCAGAGAGCGCAACAACAUGGCAGUGAAAAAGAGCCGGUUAAAAAGCAAGCAGAAAGCACAAGAUACGCUGCAGAGGGUCAACCAGCUUAAAGAAGAAAAUGAACGUUUGGAGGCAAAAAUUAAGCUCUUGACAAAGGAGCUUAGUGUACUUAAAGACUUGUUUCUUGAGCAUGCACACAAUCUUGCAGACAAUGUGCAACCUAUUGGCACUGAAAACAUCACCACAAACCCAGAUAACACCGGACAGUAGACACAAUCUCCAAACUUCACAACCUCAUGGACUAAACAUUAGAGGUGCAGCCCUCUCUGCACUACUCAUUCAGUACAGGGACGGAAUGCUGUUCUACCUUUUUAUAGAUCAUCUUGUGGGUAUUUUUUCUCCUUUUAGGUUUAACACUGAAGAUUUGAUACAAAUAAAAUAUAAACUGUUUUGAGUAUGUUUUAAACUGUUAAAUAUUUUCUGCUCUGAAAGAUUUGAUUAAACAAGUAAAAAUGAUCUAAAUGGAUAAAAGCAGGAGCCUGUUAGUGAAAUCGAAUUUCUACAGCAAUGUACAUUCACCAUCUUAUAUUUUGCAUAUUUUAAGGAGUACAGCUGGGAAGUUUUACUGUAAUAAUGAUUGAUAAUUAGAUGAAAUAUCUGUUCAAUACCCUUUAAAAUGUAUUUCUUAAGCAGUCUGUUUUCUACAUUGUGUAUUACAAAACUUCAAAGGCCAGGGCAGAAGUUUGUUUUCUAAUUUGGUGGGCUACUUCAAAUGUGUAGCACAAGCCCUAUCCAAAAUAAUGUAGAUCUCUUAGUCAUAGUUAACAGGGAGUGCCUACUAACAGUGCCUAGUAAUGGUGAGCCAGGAUGCUUACUAAUGUUUUCUAAAGACUACUACAUUCUUUGUGAGAAAUUGUAAUGUAUUAUGACUGACAUACCCAGAAAAUUGGCUCACAACCUGUAAAUGGCUAUCCAGAAGCAUCAUGUAUAGGAGGUAAAGUAGAACAACAUUUUAUUUGUAUAACCCCUUUAAGCCUGUGUUCAACAUGCUAGCAUUAUUCAUAUGGUGACUUUGGGUCCUUAAUAGCAUCAUGUUCUGGUUCUGUAAAAUAAUUGCUUAUUAGAAUCACGCUGCUGUCAAGGUGCAGGAAUCAGGAUGAGACUAACAUAUACACAUUGACUAAAGCAAUGAAAGGGCUAAUGCAGAACAUCUGUUCAAUCACAAUGUAGACUACUCGAUCCUUACUACCAUACAAGGCCAGUUAUAUGGCUGUUUAGUUUAGCAACUGAUAUCCUGCAGAAAUCCAAAGUAAUUUAAAAAAUAAAUGCCCCUGGUUUGAAUAACUGAUACAGCAGACUUCCUAUAGACACCAUUGCCAUGCGAAGGAAUAUGUCAAAUAUUGUUUUAUUUUGCUGAAACAGUUUCUAUCUAACGUUUUUUUUUUAAAAAUUUGAUAAGUCCCUUACUGUGACCCAUAACGCAGCAGUAUGUAUUAUACUGAGGAGUUAAACUAGAAAAGUGAAGCAGGAACUUUGAUGUAACCUUAAUUUAUUUUCAUUUUUAAAUGUUCCAUUUAUGGUAUGUGUGUUACAUAUAACCCGUGUGUCUGGCUAGUGAACUAUUACCUUAUUUUUAUUUCCCUCCUACACUACUUGUUUCCAUACUUGACUUUGUAGUAAGAUUGUGUGUAUUGCAUAUGUAUUUUGGAGGAGAACUUGGGUAAGAUCUUGGUUAGAUGCUAAGUUAGAAAAUAAAACUUUAAAAAAAUCCAUUUUGAAUUUAAACUUUUACUGCAAAGGUCAUCAACCAAGGAAGACUUUUACAGCUUGUCCUAGUUCAUGGAAGUCUUUUUACAGAGAGAAAUUUUCUGGUUCUAGUCACAGCUUAAGUAGGUAGGGUUGAAAUAUCAGAAGCUAAUAAAAAUGUUUUGCCUCAGA